AUAACACAUACACAUUGUAUCAAGCCAAGUAGGGCAGAACCAAGUUGGACAGAAGCACCUCACGCUGCAGACAGCAACUAUGAAGAGCAAACGAGAUAGAGAGGAACCUUGUUUUAUCUGCAACCACUAUCAUGAUGUGGAGAACGGAGAGCCGUGCACGGUCUGCGGGCACGUCAUGUCUCAGGCGGAGCGGAAGCAACUGGAGCCGAGCGUGCUGCCCACCGCUGUCAUCCCCGGCAGCCUGUACCUGGGCAGCUAUGACACUGCCUCACGCUCCGAGCUGCUCCGGGCCAUGGGAAUAACACAUAUUCUCAACACGUGGCCCAGCAACGCGGAGCUGUUCAAAAACAGCUUCAAGUACCACACCGUGACCUCCACGCCGGUGGACUUCCAGGAGUGCCACGACUUCCUAGACAUGGUCCUCAACAAGGAGCAGAAGGUGCUGGUGUACUGCAUGACGGGAGUGUCCAGAUCACCGUCGGUGGUGAUUGCCUACCUGAUGAAGAAGCGCGGGUGGCGGUUAGCGGAGAGCUACAAGUGGGUUAAGGACAAGCGGCAGACCAUCAACAUCAAGGAGGAGGACGUCAAGCGCCUGCAGGAGUACGAGGUGCAGCUGCACGGCAGCUGCUCGGCGCCCAUGGGCCUGGCCAUUCUCAACAACGGCCCGGCGUUCGGGCAGCAGCCGCAGGCAGGGCCGUCGGGGCAACAGCAGGAGCAGUCGCAGGAGGCCUCUGCGCCGUCAACCUCCGGGCCCGUGUUCGGAUCCGCCGGGGCUGCACCGGCGUGGAGCCUGAGCAACGUGACGGCGCCGCAGGGCUUUCGGUUCGGGACAGCAGCUAUGCCGGGGCCAGCCGGUCAGUCAACACAGCAGGAGCGGCAACAGGCGUCGGCGCAGGGGCAACAGUUCGGAUCGGCGGGGCCGAACCCCUUCGCACCGCGGCCAGCAGCUGCUGGGGAUGGCGGCGGCAAUGACAUGGAAAUGUAAGGGAGGGGCAACUAUUGCGGUGGCACGGAAUGCAGGGGAUGUAUUGCGCAAUGGGUGAAUGUGGUGUGUGGGAGCGGCUGAGCGAUGACAUUUGGAGUGCUCCCAGCAGUUGUCACGCAGAGGUGAGGCAGCACGUUGUCCUGCAGGUGGAUGGUGCUUUGUGCGUAUGAAUGUCGGGACGUAGUCUUGACGUAGUCUUGACGUAGUCUUCUGUUGGCCAAUCGCGUGCCCAUCUUCCGUGAUGACGCAGCUUUGUACGCUCAUAGCUUAGAUGCAUGCAAGAAAGGCACACAAUUCAGGCUGCAACUGGCGUGUGUUCUGGGUGGCGCGGGGAGUUCAGCAUGCAUGCGGGUGGUGGCUGAUCUUCUAAACAACUGGAAAUCGGGCUGUACCUGCCUAAACCGCUCCCAGCUACACCCGGGGCACGACCUUACGUCUGCGGGACCUUUAGUUGAGGUUGGUGGACAUAGGGUUAGUGUGGGCUGAGCCCGUUGUGCGCGUGCUCAUGGAAAUUGCCACUUCUCACAGACUGCAGCUGCGCAUGUGCACUGAAGCUCUCCUGCAUUGAGCCGUGGUGCUGAGAUAGCUGCAGGAUUCAGGAUGCCGAUGGCAGAUGUGUCAAGUGGAUGCAGUAGGGUGGACGAUGAGUAGGCGCUCUUAAGGGAGCCCGGGUCACAGCGAGCGGACGGCGCAAUCCUUCAAAGCUACCUGUGCUCCGCUCAAACGCUCCUAGGGGUUAUGGCACAGUGAGGUCAUGCAAGGACAGACGUAAUCAAGGACACGUCUGAAGCAGGAGUGUCGGCAUAGUGCGGUAUCGGUUGUGCUGUUGUGCACGCUGGACGCCAAGCCGGCUCCGCUCCAAGAGCUGGCAUGGGCCGAGAGCCGUUGCAAGCAUGCCAUGGCAGAAAUAUUGCAAGCACGGAGCAUCGCGUGGAAAUGGACGUGAGCAGCAGGUAGUGAGGUAGAGGCGUGCUGUGUGGGCAACGGGGCCGGAUACUAGUCCCUGGCCAGGGGUCCGGCUUGUUGCUUUUGCGUUUCACUGCGCACAUUGUUUGUGCAGCAUAGGGGCAGAAUGGCAGUGGUCAUGGCACACGCGGGUGAGAAGAUGGCCACAAGCUCUGAGCCCCUGAGUCCGGCAGCAGCGGGGCCGCGUGCGCGCAUCUUGACAGCGGAGGGGGCGGGAAAGGCCAUGUGGAGGAGGAGAGCGCAGCGCCGCCCAAGAAGCGGCGCAAGCGCGCAGGCUGAGGAGCCGGCUGGUGUCUAGGUAGCGGUCCGCGGUGGGGCUGGCAGGGCAUGCGUAGCAGCAUGACAAGCAGUGCGGCUGUUGACAACUGUGCUUCGCCUGGCUGCGGUUAGCUCUGCUGUGGCAUCGCGAUUGCUAGGCACCUGGUUUGGCUAUGCGCCUGUGGAAACCGACCCGGCUAUGUCCGGGCGAUGAGGUUGUUCGGCCUCAGACUGUGGAGGGGCUCAGCCCCUUUUCCCACGCCCUUUUCCCGUGACCGGGACUGUCCCCUCUGUAACAUCCGCAUUCU